GCGUGCGUGCCCGGUCUGUUUCUUGCGUACCAAAACCCAAUGCCCCGAAUGACUGACGUACUUGGGCCUGGGUACCCUGCCGACUCAAGCUCCCCUUGGGCUGGCUUCCGGGCUUUCUGCUUAGCGAGCAGUCCUAGCCCCCGCCUCCAAUAUGCCCAUGUCCCCUCCAUUUUCCUUGUCUUGCCAGAGUAUUUGAUACCGGACUGACUCCGGGCUACUACGGGACAGCUUGAAAAGUCUGCCUACCACUCUGCUCUGACGACGUUAAAUGCUAUACAUGAUACAGUGCCGGAAUCGGUCACUUUGCGUCUUGGAGUCAGUCCUUGCCAGAUGAGUG